AUGCUAUUAAAUGCGUUUGAGAGAUCCGCCUGGAGAAUUGUGGCGUCACUGUGCGUGCUCAUGUAUGAUCUGGCGGCGUGGAUUAUCGCCUCGCUACCUCCUUGGACGGCUACGCAGUACUGGAGUGGGAGGAAAUGGGCCCGUGUCGCUUCUGCUAGUGAGGAAAGUGCCGAUUUUGCCGCAAGGCAUAGGACACACUCUCCUACGGCUAUGGGCCGAGUCCCUCCCUCUGGCUUGGCGAGAGCGAUGAGGCGGAAGGACGUGAGCAGGGAGCACACCUCUUCGGGGAGUUUCCCUUGGAGUAUUGUGUUGACGAGGGCGUGGAGGUGGGUGGUAACGACUGCGUUGGCGAUAGCUGCAUCCCUGAGGUGUUCGAACGUCAUCCCCGACGGCCCUCCCCCUACUCCGUUUUCACAGCGGCAUAGGAUUUUCGUGAAUGCAGCUGAGGUGAUGGUCACCACGUGGGCCUCGUCCGUUGGUGUCCAGUCAAUAUGUCCAGGUGGCGUGGAUGCGGCUCGGGCGGGUGUUGCAACAUUCACUCGACUCUCCACUGCUGGAGCAGCUUCACCUUUAUCCCCACCACUUCCUUCCGUGAUUGAUUCAGCGGCUGGCUGGGCAAUAAAGCCAGCCUCGCCGCCCUUUGGAAGCCGUUCUCCCGUCCUCGGCCACGCCCCGCAGCUCGCUGCCGCCCGCAUCUGCCUCCACGUAAUGCCUGUGGCGGUUGGUGGCGGUUCCCCGGUGCCGUAUUCGCCGCGGCCGUUUGGCGUGGCGUUAGCUGCGCUUGCCUCGCCGGUACAGUCGGCGCCGGUUGCCCCUGUUGCGGCAAUGUCUGUCGCGGGUUCUCCUCCUCACGCGUGCUCCACGGUAGUCGACUCUGGACGAGAGUCGGCGGGUGUGGCCGUCCAACCGCGCGUGGUGGCGCCGGCGCCUGUGCCUGCCUUCGUUCUGGCGCCUGCGGCUGACGUGGCGCCUCUCCCUGCUCCUGGCGCGGCGCCCUCUCCCGCGCCUCACGUUCCGGUGUUAUCGUCGCCUGCUGAGACGGCGGCUGUUGCUGGGGUGGCACCUGCGUCUGGCGUGGCGCCUCCUCCUGUGCCUGUGGCGCUGCCAGUGGUGUCUCCUGCUGCAUCCCUUGGUGCACCGGGCGGGGAGUCUGCCCCUCCGCUCCCCGCGGCUUCCGCGUCUGCCCAUGCCCUUCCUCCGGCUGUGCAGCAGCGUAACUCCCGUCCACAUUCGCCCUCCCCCCAAGAUGAGCGGGCAACAAUCGCGGACGUGCGGCAGAUUGUGAUUGAGGCGUUUCGCGACGGUCAGGCCGGCCCGGCGAGUCAAAAAAGCUCGCGACGUACGGCUCCCACGCCGUCUGCUCCCCUUCCGGUCGCUCGCCCCGUGGUUGCUCCGACGCCCGCGGUGUCACUGCCGUCGGCCCCUGCUCGUGGUGGUGGGGCUGGACUUCCUCGACUACAGCUCCCUUCUCUCGCGGAGGAGCUCCUUCCCCCGCGCGCCGAGGUUCCGGAGGCGACGCUCGGCCAGUUAUGGAGGCUCUCGGAGAGCCUCCGUGCGCUCCUUCUUGUGCAGUCCCUGGCGCACGGGUCUCUUCCGCCUGUUCCGGCGGAAUCUCUGUUUGACGGCCCGCGGGACGACUGUCUUGACGCGGCCGACCAGAUUGCCCUCCUCCUAGCGCCUGUGUUGGCCGCGCCCGUGCGGGGAGGCGUUGGGGCUGUGGGGCAACUGGACGCGGCUGUGCGGGACUUACGGAGGUACCUGCGGGCAGGUUCCGGAGCCGACGCGAUUGGCGCCGCCAUUCUGGUGGUCCGCUCGGUGUGGCAGACGAUGACGGGCAUUCUGCAUGCCCUGCAGGCGGAUCGGAUGUAG